AUGUUCCUUUUCGGUAAAACAAUUCCCAUUUUCCACUUUUUAAUAUGGAUAUUGCACUACCAUGAUAAGUCAACUGCUUUUGGUACGCCAUGCAGCGUGGACAGCUGCAUAAACGUCUCAUCAAAUGAAACAUGUGACAGAAUGUUAACAGUAAAAGAAAAAGAACCAAACUGGAGAGAACAAAAUUAUGUACACUUGCAAAAAAGAAUAAAAACUUUGUUAGAUGAAGAUGAUGAGUUACUCAGAAAAAGACUAAAUGCAUUAGCACAGGAUGAUCAUUUUCGGAAACAAUUUAAUGCGUUAAUGCGGGAUGACCUCUUUAAAAAACGGUGUAACAAGUUAAUGCUGGACAAGAAAUUUCAAAAACAUUUUAACAUAUUAAAUAGUAAUAAUGAUUUGCAGAAAAACCCUUUUCUCAUCUCUCCAGAUGUAGAUCACAGUAAUCAGAACCAUUCUGACCCAUUCAAAUUUUGUAACAAUUUGGAAGAAUUUUUUGAUGAACUGCAAAGUAAAAAUUAUCAUAAAGAGAAAAUAAUUGACGAAUUACAACGUCAUGAAGAGUGUAAAGCAAAACAGAAAGAUGAUAUGAAACGAACGAAUAAUCUUAAGAGAGAACCAAACAAUGAAGUGAGAGAUUAUGUGCCUUCUAAAUUAGAAGAAGAUGGUAUUUUCGAAGGAUCUAUCGAUCGUUAUGUGUAUAAAGAAUUAGUAAAACCAAGAAAAAGAUCAACAGUACGCACCUUCUUAAGAAAAGUAAAUAAAAUGUUAGAUGCAGAAGUGAAUCGAUUUUUAAAGAAAAAAGCAGCUGGUCGUUACGCCUAUAAUGGUCGAGGCAUCCGGGGAAAGAUAUUUUCAUUUAUAGACAAAUACAGAGUAUUUAUGCCUGUGCUGCUCUUUCUCCUAACCAUUUUUUUGGUAAUUCCAAUUUUUAUUUUUGGCAUAUUUGUAUUUCCCACGGCCAUUCUAACCCUAUUUUCAUUAGCAGGAAAUUUUAUCGCCUACAUGCCGUUAAUAAUUCCUGCAGUAGUAAUCAUAACUACUGACUUUGGUGAAUCACAAGAUAGGAUAGUCAACCCUAGAACAAUAUUAAAUUGCAGAAAUGGCAGAUUAUUAAGGGGAGACAUAGACAUAGAUUUGGAAGUGAAAUACGACCUCUUCAAGGAUAAAAUUACGGACAUAGUGGAUGAGGAUGACUACGCAUUCGAAAAUAGAGUAAAAUCAGUGAUGCAAGAUGAUAAAUUUAGAGAAUGCUUUAAUAAAAUCAGAUGCAAUGGGAGUUCUCAUAGAUCUGACAACCUUAAUGAUUCUUAUGAAAAUGUUCUGAGUUAUGACCAGUUCUAUGAUUCCUGCCAGUGGAGUCAUUAUAAUUUAGACCAGUUGUAUGAUUCCUGUGAAAGUAUUGAUAGUUCUUACAAAUCAUCUAAUAAAAACAAUUAUGAUGAUGAAGAUGAAGAACUUGAUAGCUCUUAUAAUAGUGUUGUCCACAGCGGAGUUCCGCAAUACAACGCAAUGAAAUACGAGAUGCCUAUAACGGGUAUGCGUAGAAACAGGAAAAAAUCUAUAUUUUCAAGAAUAUUUAAAUUUCUGAAAAAACAAGAUGAACAAUAUGAAAAGUAUAUAUAUGAUAUAUUGAAUUCUCAUAUACCUCCAAAAGUUAGAAAUCGUUUCCGUGAAUAUAUAUCACCAGAAUCAAUAAAACUUGUUAAGGUGUUGACAAUUUUUUCCCCAGCUAUAGCAUUUGCUCCAUUUAUGGUUCUAUUUGGCAUAUUCUAUGUGUUAGGGCCAUCCUCUAUAAUGUCCCCAUUUAUUAAUAUAUUUAUUGCUUCCUUCAUCACUUCAACAUGCUAUAAGGAGGACAACUCAAAUAAUCCAUAUAAUAUAUUCGACAUAAACGCCUCUGUAGAAUCAGGUCUCUCAGAAGAACAAAACUAUGCAGCAUUAAAGGAAAAAGUCACAAAUUUAUUAGAUGAAGAUGAUGCCAUUUUUGGAGAAAGGCUAAAUGCAUUAGCACAGGAUGACGAAUUUAGAGAACACCUUAGUGAUUUCAUAGACAAGGACGCUUCAGAAAAAAUGUUCCUUGGAUCAACACAAGAGAAAGGAUUCCAAAAAUAUUUUGAUUCAUGCAACAGUAGUAGUAACUAUGAGGGAAAUACUAACCGAUUCAGCAUUUAUGAUAGCUCCGAAAAUUUUCCCCACGAAUUAGAGCGUAAAAACAACUGUAAAGCAGGACCAGUUAACGGAGUAAAAAGGAAUAAAUCUAAUAUCCAAGAAUCAGUUAAAAAGGGGGAGGAAGAAUAUGAUAUAGCCAUUAAUUUAUCACAAGAUUUACAUCGUCCUGAAUCCCUUCAAUCAUUAAUUUAUGAGAAUGAAUACAAAAGAGAACGCCAAUCACGGUUAGAGAGAAAAAUAAAUAAACUUAAUUCAAAAUUAGAUUCAGAAAUCAUAAGAUUUUUGAGAAUUAGGUCAGGCCGUAUUAGAAUUUAUAAAGGUAAAGGCCUAUCAGGAUAUUUCAAGUUCUUAUGCAGUAAAUAUAGAGUAUUUAAGCCAAUCGCAAUAGGUGUAGGUUUAUCUCUUCUUAUGAUGUUUAUUGCACCUUUUUUGUGGCUUCCAAUGUCUAUAAUAUUCUCAUUGAUCACCGUUAGUAGUACUCUGCUGAUGGGCUUAUACUACGCUAUAAGAACAAUAGAUGUCAAAUAUCUUUGUUACGACGUGAAGCAACUAAAAAAAGAUAUUUAA